AUGGAUAUGCACAUAUACUCCUUGAUAAAAACAUACAUAGAUGAAUCUAUUCAUUCAUCAACUACCUCAGUUAUUCAAUUCAUCAAACAGUAUAUCAAUUCUCAAUUUAACUCUCAACUCAACAAGCAGAGGUUAUGGAACGAGCAACUUCAGGCAAACAUUACUAAUGUUCUGUUCGAAAUGAAACAAAUCAAUAGUGAAAAUAGUGUCCCAAUGCAGAAGAAGGGUUCAACAACAGAUGAUCACACAGCAUCAUCACAACAACCACAGCAACCAACUGAUAUCAACUGGUUAUCAGAAAAAAAGAGAAAAACGGCCCAACUAACAAAUAAAUAUCCCCCAACUCCAGUAUUGAAUGAGCUUAUUAUGAGAGUAUCAGAAGUCAUGUUUCAGGACCAAGAUAUUGUGACAACA